AUGGCCCAGGGUCUGGUUCCUCCCUUGAAGGAUCACGAAGAUAAGACAUUGGAUGGUUUUGGUAGUAUUGCAGACGAGGCACAAGAAGUUCUGGUGUAUUGUCAACACGACGGGAUGUGUGCUGGGCAACAGUGCUAUACUGAUGGAUGGAAUGUGAUUGUUCGGAGGGAUACUGACCGCUGUUAG